AAAUAAGGCGUUCUAGCAACAUGUAAACAAAUCAACGAAAAUUUUAAUUUUGUGAGAAAGUAAUGAAAAAUUAUUAAAACAUAAAUGUUUUCAAAGGAAAGUGUAUAGAAAUAACUUAACUAAAUCAAGAUGACAUCAGCAAAACAACUAACAGCAAUCUCUAGGGUCAUUAAUAUUUUACAAGAAUGGGAUAAAGCACCAAAGACAAAACGUAAAACUAUUCUAGAAGAUUUUAUUAAACAACACACCAAUAAGACAGGGCCAGAGUUAGAACAAGAGUUUGCUCAAGCUGCCAGUUUAUUUCUAACAAGAUUAACAGCAUGGUUGCGAUUAACCUAUAUGAUAGGUACAUGUUUAAAUGAGCAGUUGAAAGCAAUUGGAAUAUUUCUGUCAGCAUCUAGUGGGCACAAAUUUAUGGCUGAGUUUUUAGAAGUUGGUGGUGUGUUCACACUAUUAGAGAUAUUGGGUUUAAAACAAGCGAAAGAAAUGGAUAAAGCUGAAGCCUUGAAGUGUUUAAUACAUAUUGCCAAUGCUGGUAGAAAAUACAAAGAAUUAAUUUGUGAAAGUUAUGGUAUUAGAGCUGUGGCAGAAUGCUUGGCCAAAUCUAAAUCAGAAGAAACACAAGAUUCCUGUAGAAAUUUAUUAUUGAUGCUAGCACAAGGCAAUCCAAAGUUUCAACUUCAAGUUUACAAAGGCUUGAUUGCUUUAUUGCCAUGCAGCUCACCAAAAGCACAACAGAUGGCAGCACAUUCUUUGCGGAUUGUUCAGCCAAUAGUUGAUCAAGCAAAUCCCAAUAUAGUUGAACCUUUGUUAAAUCUCUUACGAACAUUACAUUUAGAGGUACAGUUUGAAGCAAUUGAACUAAUUAAAGAGUUAAUGAUAUAUGAUGUAUCUACUUCCCUGUUAUCUGGCUUGGUUCUAUUAUUAAAACCUAUUAAAGAAGAUACCUUAGCUAAACCAGAAAUUUUAGAAGAUCCCAAUAUGCCUAAAAUUUCAGCACCCUUACCUGUUUAUAUUCAACAGGCUGCAGCUGCCAAAACAAUCGGGAUUUUAGCACGAGAUUCUAAUGAAUUAUCAGAAAGAUUAAUUCAAUUACGUGUUGCACACAAUCUACUUUGUGCUAUGGGAAACAGUGAAUAUGCUGACAGUCAAAGACAAGCAAGUUUAACAUUAGAGCAUUUUUGUCGAACAUAUCCUAUUGUUGAUGACCAUGUGAGGGAUGCUAUGGGUGAUGCUUUAUAUGAUUUAUUUAUGUCAAACCCAGAAACCCUGUAUGUUAACAUGAACCAUAUACAAACUGAUGUUCUAGUAUCAAAUAAGGUUAACAUCCCACGUGUGGCAGAAAUUACAGAAUGAGUGUACUUUGAUUUUAUUUUUCAUCCUGAUUGAAAGCCAAUAAAAAGAAAUGUUUUUAAUUUUGUAAAUAAAAAUAUUUAUAUUCGUAUUG